UUGACAUUUUAUUUUGAAUCGGUUCGCGUUGUGUCGUCAUUUCCGGGCACGCUCUGACUCUCGCUUGCAUCAUUUCUCGUGUGUUGGGAGCCGGGUUCAGAACAUACACCAUGGUGGAGCCAGUCCCUGAGUCCAUCAACUUUCCCUCUGAGGAGGACAAGAUCCUUAAGUUUUGGCAAGAAAAGGACUGCUUCCAGGAAUGCCUCAAACAGUCUAAGAAUCGACCCAGGUACACCUUCUAUGAUGGCCCUCCCUUUGCCACGGGUCUCCCUCAUUAUGGUCACAUCUUAGCUGGCACCAUUAAGGACAUUGUUACCCGCUAUGCCCACCAGAGUGGCUUCCAUGUGGACCGGCGCUUUGGCUGGGACUGUCAUGGCCUGCCUGUGGAGUAUGAGAUUGAUAAGACUUUAGGCAUCAGAGGACCAGAGGAUGUUGCCAAGAUGGGCAUUACUGAGUAUAACAAGCAGUGCCGAAACAUUGUGAUGAGAUACUCCAAUGAAUGGGAGACUUCAGUGAGGCGAAUGGGCCGGUGGAUUGACUUUCGUAAUGACUACAAGACUCUUUACCCUUGGUUCAUGGAGACCGUCUGGUGGGUGUUCAAACAGCUCUAUGACAAGGGUCUGGUGUACCGUGGUGUCAAAGUCAUGCCUUUCUCCACUGCCUGCAACACCCCCCUUUCCAACUUUGAGUCCAAUCAGAACUACAAGGAUGUUCAGGAUCCCUCAGUGAUUGUCAACUUCCCAUUGGUUGAAAACGAGGAUGUUGCUUUGAUUGCCUGGACGACCACGCCCUGGACACUGCCGAGCAACCUGGCACUGUGUGUCAACCCAGAGUACUUGUAUGUUCGGGUCAAAGAUAAUGCAACAGACAAGACCUACAUUAUGAUGGAGGCCAGGCUGGGAGCUCUUUUUAAAUCUGAGAGUGAAUAUACUCUCCUGGACAAAUUCCCAGGCAAAAUCUUAAAAGGGAAAAAAUACAAACCUCUCUUCCAGUACUUUGUCAAGUGUGGAGAAAAUGGAGCCUUCCAGGUGGUGAUGGAUAACUACGUCAAAGAAGAAGAGGGCACAGGAGUUGUCCACCAAGCACCAUACUUUGGAGCUGAUGAUUACAGAGUGUGCGCUGAAUACAACAUCAUCCAGAGGGACCAGGCUCCUAUCUGCCCUGUGGAUGCCUCGGGCUGCUUUACUUCAGAGGUCACUGACUUCGCAGGACAGUAUGUCAAAGAGGCAGACAAGAACAUCAUCAAGUGGCUGAAGGAGAAUGGUCGCCUGGUCAAUGCCAGCACUUUCAAACACAGUUACCCCUUCUGCUGGAGGUCUGACACACCCCUGAUCUACAAAGCUGUCCCCAGCUGGUUUGUGAGAGUGGAGCACAUGGUGGACAAACUGCUGGACUGCAAUGGAAAGUGCUACUGGGUUCCAGAGUUUGUGCGUGAGAAGCGUUUUGGGAACUGGCUGAGAGAUGCACGCGACUGGGCCAUUUCAAGGAACCGUUACUGGGGCACACCAAUCCCCCUCUGGGUCAGCGAGGAUUUUGAGGAGGUGGUUUGCGUCGGAUCGAUGGAUGAACUGGAGGAGCUAACUGGAGUCAAAGUAACAGAUCUGCAUCGGGAAAACAUUGACAAUCUGACAAUCCCCUCACGGUGUGGUAAGGGUGAGCUGCGGAGGGUCACCGAGGUGUUCGACUGCUGGUUUGAGAGUGGCAGCAUGCCUUACGCCCAGGCUCACUACCCGUUUGAAAACAAGAAGGAGUUUGAGGACACCUUCCCAGCAGACUUCAUCGCUGAAGGCAUUGACCAGACCAGGGGAUGGUUCUACACUUUACUGGUCCUCUCCACGGCUCUGUUUGGAAAACCGCCCUUCAAGAAUGUCAUUGUUAACGGGCUUGUGCUUGCCAGCGAUGGCCAGAAGAUGAGCAAGCGUAAGAAGAACUACCCAGAUCCAGGACUGAUUGUGCAGAACUAUGGGGCCGAUGCCCUCAGGCUAUAUCUCAUCAACUCACCUGUAGUCAGAGCAGAAAACCUGCGUUUCAAAGAGGAUGGUGUGCGAGAUGUGUUGAAGGAUGUCUUCUUGCCGUGGUAUAAUGCCUAUCGCUUCUUGGUGCAGAACGUUCAGAGGUUACAGAAGGAGGAUGAGAUUCAAUUAAUGUACAACGAAAACACCAUGAAGCAGAGUGACAACAUCAUGGACAAGUGGAUUCAGUCGUUCACACAGUCCCUAAUUCAGUUCUUCAAGGCUGAGAUGGAGGCUUACCGCCUGUACACCGUCGUGCCUCGCCUGGUCAAGUUUGUGGACAUGCUCACCAACUGGUACGUCAGGACCAACAGACGCCGCCUGAAGGGAGAAAGUGGUAGUGAGGACUGCCUGUGGGCGCUGGAAACCCUCUUCAGUGUUCUCUUCUCCAUGUGCAGGCUGAUGGCUCCCUUCACACCCUUCAUUACAGAAAUGAUGUAUCAAAAUCUGCGGCACCUCAUUGACCCCGCCUCCAUUGAAGAGAAAGACAGCAACAGCAUCCACUAUCUCAUGCUGCCUCACGUCAGGGAGAACUUGAUUGACAAGCGCAUUGAGAGUGCAGUCUCUCAGAUGCAGUCUGUGAUUGAGCUGGGGAGAGUGAUUCGAGACAGGAAGACACUGCCCGUCAAGUACCCGUUGAAGGAGGUGGUAGUUAUUCACCAGGACCCAGAGGCCCUGAAAGACAUCCAGUCACUGCAGAAAUACAUCCUGGAGGAGCUUAAUGUGCGACAGCUGACACUUUCAACGGACAAGGACAAGUAUGGUAUCCGCCUGAGAGCCGAGCCAGACCACAUGGUGCUGGGCAAGAGAUUAAAGGGGGCCUUCAAAGCUGUGACUGCUUCUAUCAAGGAGCUCACCAGCGAACAGCUAGAGGCCUUCCAGAAGACAGGAUCCAUCGUUGUGGACGGCCAUGAGCUUCAUGAGGAGGACCUGAGGCUGAUGUACACCUUUGAUCAGAGCUCUGGCUCCGCUGCGCAGUACGAAGCUCACUCUGAUGCACAGGUCCUCGUGCUGUUGGAUGUCACCCCAGACCAGUCCAUGGUGGAUGAGGGCGUUGCCAGGGAGGUCAUCAACCGUAUUCAGAAACUACGCAAGAAGGGUCAUUUGGUGCCAUCGGAUGAGAUAAGUGUGUACUAUCGCUGCCAGCCAGAGGGGGACUACUUGGCCUCCGUAAUCCAAGCUCAUACUGACUUUAUUCUGGCCACCAUCAAGGCCCCGCUUCUGCCCUUCCCUGUCCCAAAGACCGCCAACAUCAUCAUAGAGGAAAAAACUCAGCUCAAGGGUUCAGACUUGGAGUUGACUAUAAUUAAGGGAUCCUCUGAUCUGAAAACGGCUCUAAAUGGACCAGCUUGUGCAUACGUGAACCUCAGGGUGAAACUCAAUAACAAAGAGCAGGAAGGGGUUGUGCUGUUGGAGAACCCCAAAGGGGAUAACAGGCUAGACUUGGAUAAACUGAGGAAAGUAUGCGGCAGCAUCUUUGGAACCAACAACACCCAACUCAGAUUCUUCAAUGGUGGAGCUGAGUUGACGAGCAAAACGGACCUUCUGGCUCUGAGUGGUAAAACUUUGUCGGUGACUUCCGGCCCGUCCUCCGCUGGCCCCGCCCCCCCCAGCGACGCACUGCUGUGUCCAUAUGUGAACCUGCUUCUGUGCAACGCACAGCCAGCGGAAUGCCAGGCUGGAGAGACGGGUACCCUCCUGCUGGUGAACCCAGUCGGCCAGAAUGCACUCCAUUACUCAGGCCUGCUGUCUGAAGCUGCCAAGGUUUUUGGCCUCCGCAGCAGGCGGCUCAAACUUUACCUGGACCAGGACCUUACUCAAGAGCUUCAAGCUGAUUCAUCGGUAAAGUCCCUCAACACCAAAACUGUGUUUGUGAGAGUCCUUCCAACCACCGCUGAAGCAUAAAUCAACAGAAGCUGUUUCAGGAACACUUGUUUUUCGAUGUGGCCGCUCUGCCAAGUUUUCCACCACCCCAAAAGCCCCACUGAUGCACAGUAAAUUCAUGAGAUGUGGCAAACGGAAGUCCUGAUGCAAAACUGUGUGUCGAAUUAACAACUGUCUCACUCAAGAUUACUUAAAAUGCUAAAUGUCCAAGUUCCAAGGAAUUAUGACAUAUAUUAAAGAUUUCAAUUGAACCACUGAUUCUGUUCUUUUCUCCCUUCUUGUUGACGGUCAGGCUUCUUUCACUUGUGCUUAGUUUUGUAAGGUGACAGUAUAUGUUGGGUCAAACCAGUGUGCUCAAACAGCUGAAGGGAAGUUCCAACAUAACCAGUGAGGAAUCUCAUUGGAUAGUUUUUUUUUUCCCAAUGAUAACCUGAAGUUGCUGCCAUUGAAAAUUGGAAAUUGUCUGAAUGAAGAGCCAAUGGAUGUGAAAGUGCUCAGAGUGAAUUUCAGCGGUUCAUUUAUUUCACAUAAGAUUUUUUUCAACUUCUUAAAAAGAGGUUUCCAGGACACAGACCAAGUCAAUUAACUGUCACUGUCACCGCUUGAUAAUUCUCUUUAUUAUGAUAAUGCUGCAGAUUACUUCCCCUCAUGGCUUAUUUUCAAUGUGUUCAAUCCACAGUAAUUAUGUUUUGACUCAUAAUUGCAAAGAGUUUGGGCCAUUGUGCUUCUAGACCAUUGAGAAUUUAACAGAUAGACCUAUUGUAUUCAUUGCACUGGGGAUUUUUAGACAAAAGAAGGGGCAUUUAAAAGGUGAAAUGGAUUUUUGGGCUGCUGUACCUUUAGAACACAAAAGGGUUCCGUCAAACAGCGCAACAAAUGGAUCUUGUGCUAUUUUAAGUGAUGAGCAGAAUAAAGGAAAGAUAAAUAAG